CCAUAACUCAAUUAGCCUGAUUUAUCGGAUCCCUUGCUGCUGCUGCCCUCCUGGAUCAACUUUCAACUUUGACUUCUACUCUACUCGCUCCAACUUACCUCUCUCCAUACCAUCUCAACACCUCCCUCACCAAAACGAAACGAUCGAUCCUUUGCGGUGUUGCUCUACCUCUACGGAUCCACAUCCUCGCAAGCUUCGUAGCAACCAAAGCCAUCCUUGCGUUUUCCCGGAACGGUUGCUCACGGCUCGAGUUCCCGUGUCGCUCACUAAGUGCACGCAGCGGCGAGCUACUAUCCUAACUUGAGUCGAGACAAAAGGAAAAGAAAAUCGAAUGGCCUCACAUCUGUUUGGUCGGUUCCGGCGGCCCGGCAAGCAACCGUCCUCGCCCUCGCAGCAAUCCCCGACUGGCGGCAAUGGAAGUGGUGGUAGUGGUGGCAACGGAUUCAAUGGCGGUGCAGGAAGCUCGCCCGGCGGCGGAGCCUCCCCGGCAGGUGGUCUGAUGCCGAACUCACCUACUGGUGCCCGCGUCGCAGCGAAGCCGCUCUUCCUCUGCAAGCCGUUCGUCACCAGCCAGUUGGUCAAGGGUAGCUUCUCGACCAUCGUUGUUCUGCCGAAGUACGUGGAUCAGGGUGAAUGGCUGGCACUCAAUGUGUUUGAGUUUUUCGACAUGCUUAACCGCUUCUACGGUGUGAUCCAGGAGUUUUGUACUCCUAGGAAUUGCCCGUCCAUGUCGGCAGGCCCUGGUCUCGAUUACACCUGGCUGGACGCGAACAAGAAGCCCAUGCGCCUUCCGGCCCCCACAUACAUUGAGUAUGUGCUGCAGUGGAUCUCGAACCGCAUCAACGACGAGACUCUGUUCCCCACCAAGGCCAGUGGAACCACCACGGCGACCGCCGCCACCCCAUCCGCGAUGAUGCCCGGCGCCUCCAGGAGUCUUACGGGCAACCAGUCCGGCGAGAACUGGGUCGGAAAGGAGGGCGGCUUCCCGCAGGUCUUCGAACAGACGUGUAAGGGCAUCUACAAGCAGAUGUUCCGCGUGUUUGCACACAUCUACCACACCCACUUCGACAAGAUCCUGCACAUGAGCCUCGAGGCCCACUUCAACAGCUUAUUCGUCCAUUUUAUUCACUUCUCGCGGACUUUCAACCUCCUUGCUCCCGGCGACCUCGAGCCUCUACGCGCUCUCAUCGAGAACUUCGAGGAGCAGGGCCUGUUCAAGGAUAGCUCCAGCUCCCGCCCGCAGCAGCAACAGCAGUGAUCGAUCUUUGUCGACCUUACACUUACACGUUUGAUACCAACCACGUUCAUGUCUUUUUACAUCUUGCAUCAUCCAUUUCUUUCAACGUUUUGUGUUGAAAGAUUUCCUCUUUUUCGCCAUGCGUGCCCCCUGUUUUUUUUUCCCUUUUCUUUUUCUUCAUUGUCAUUGGUGGGUUGGGGAAUGAUAGCGAUAUGUAGCGGUGAAUUGAAGCGUUGAGUUACCUAUCACAAAGUUGAAGAGAGAGAGAGAGAUGCCGGAGAGAGUUUCUCCGUCCGGAGACCGGUCCGAGUGCACGGGGGGUGAUCUGGCGUGAAUGAUGCCUGUAGAUAUCCCGGCGCACCCUGCUGGAACGGUGUCG